AUGGCGACUCAAUCAGUAGUCCCGUACAAAAAACCUGCUCCCAUGAAAAAGGACAUAAGCAAGCGGGACAUGUCCAAAUUUUGUCGUUUUCAUGGAGAUUAUGGCCAUGACACUAAUGAGUGCAACAACGUGAAGCGGGAAAUUGAAGUCCUCAUAAGGAAAAAUAACCCGCACGUGCAAAAGUAUGUCAAGGCCGACCAAAAUCAAUGGACCGCCCAAGCAGAUAACAACAAAGACCUGUUACUGCCUCCACCAGUGAACAGACAUUUACAAGUUAUCAUCGGAGGCCUAUAUAUUGCUGGAGAUUCGGGAAAAGCUUGGGAGAGGUAUGCCCGAACUUUAGUACAAAAACCAAAGGAAGUGGUUCUGGUCGUAGAAGAAAGGAACCCAAAAAUUCCACGGGUAGGGGAACUCGCUAUAACUUUCACUGAAGAAGACGUUGUCAAUGUUCGCUUCCCGCACAAUGAUCCAUUAGUUGUGGAGGUAUAG